ACGAUUACGACACCGGAAGCCGGAAGUGGGGUUUUCCACUUCAGAAGGGAAGGGCGACCGCCUGAUUGUGACUUUCUGGGAGCUUCGGUUCCCUCGGAGCACUCGCAGCCUGCGGCUCUUGCCUACUCACGUCUCGCCUACUCUGCUGACAGACACUGACUUGUUGGAUGAGCAGGCACCUCUGGAAGAAUCAGCUGAGUGAGAUGGUGCAGCCCAGCAGUGGUCCAGCAGGGGACCAGGACAUGCUGGGUGAAGAGUCUUCUCUAGGGAAGCCAGCCAUGCUGCAUCUGCCUUCAGAGCAGGGCACCCCUGAGACCCUCCAACGAUGUCUGGAAGAGAAUCAGGAGCUUCGAGAUGCCAUCCGGCAGAGCAAUCAGAUGCUGCGAGAGCGCUGCGAGGAGCUGCUGCAUUUCCAGGUCAGCCAACGUGAGGAGAAGGAGUUUCUCAUGUGCAAAUUCCAAGAAGCCAGGAAGCUGGUAGAGAAGCUGAGCCGGGAGAAGCUUGAACUUCGGAUACAGAAGGAGCAGGCCCUAAAGGAUUUGGAGCACCUGAAGAAAUGCCAACAGCAGAUGGCUGAGGACAAGGCCUCAGUGAAAGCCCAGGUGACAUCAUUGCUAGGGGAGCUCCAGGAGAGCCAGAGUCGCUUGGAGGCUGCCACCAAGGAACGACAGGCUUUGGAGGGCAGGGUGCGAGCAGUCAACGAGCAGGUCAGGCAGCUGGAGAGUGAACAGGAGGUGUUGCAGCAGCAGCACAGUGUGCAGGUGGACCAGCUGCGCAUGCAGAACCAGAGUGUGGAGGCUGCCCUGCGCAUGGAACGCCAGGCUGCCUCAGAGGAGAAGCGGAAGCUGGCUCAGUUGCAGGUGGCCUAUCACCAGCUCUUCCAAGACUAUGACAACCACAUCAAGAAUAGCAUGGCAAGCGGAGAGCGCAAGCGAGGCAUGCAGCUGGAGGAUGUCAGGCAGCAGCUACAGCAAGCCGAGGAGGCGCUGGUGGCCAAGCAGGAAUUGAUUGACAAGUUGAAAGAGGAGGCUGAGCAGCACAAAAUAGUGAUGGAGACUGUGCCAGUUCUGAAGGCCCAGGCGGAUAUCUAUAAGGCUGACUUCCAGGCUGAGAGGCAGGCUCGAGAAAAGCUGGUGGAGAAGAAGGAACUUUUGCAGGAGCAGCUGGAACAGCUGCAGCGCGAGUUCAGCAAGCUGAAGGCCGGCUGCCAUGAAUCAGCCAGGAUUGAGGAUAUGAGGAAGCGGCAUGUAGAGACUUCCCAGCCCCCUCUACCCACUGUUCCAGCUCACUCCUUUCAUCCACCCAUCCCCAACCAGAGGAGAAGCCCUCCUGAGGAACCACCUGACUUCUGUUGUCCCAAGUGCCAGUAUCAAGCUCCUGAUAUGGACACUCUACAGAUACAUGUCAUGGAGUGCAUUGAGUAGGACUGGCAGAUGCAAGGCCAUCUGGGAUACCAUGCCUGAACAAUGUAACCUGAGCUUUCCUCUCCCAUCUGCCUA